AUGCUGCCACGAUGGAUCCCUGCCGCCUGCCACCAGCGAAGGCUGCUGGCCAGGCUGCCCUCACGCGCUUAUUCCCGUGGGAGGGUGUUCGACGCAGCGGCGCGGGACGGCGAACUUCGGGUGUUCGUUGUCGCCGGCGAGGUCUCCGGCGAUUCGCUCGCUUCGCGCCUCAUGGCGUCCCUCAGGAAGCUCUCACCCGUACCCGUCCGUUUCGCCGGUGUUGGCGGGCAAUUAAUGUGCAAGGAAGGCCUGCAAUCACUUUUUCCAAUGGAAGAAAUUGCCAUAAUGGGUUUGUGGGAACUGCUUCCACACAUAUAUAAUAUCAAGAGGAAGAUCGUGGAUACUGUAGAUGCUGCUAUAUUAUUUCGGCCUCAUGCUAUAGUUACCAUUGAUUCAAAGGGGUUCUCAUUUCGCCUUUUGCAGCAAUUAAAAUGUAGAUACAAUCAAAAGGCCGAUAGUCCUCUACAUGUCCAUUAUGUUGCACCAUCAUUCUGGGCCUGGAAAGGUGGUGAAAGCAGGCUCUCGAAGUUGCGUGAUUUUGUGGACCAUAUGUUGUGUAUCCUUCCAUUUGAAGAGGAAAUUUGCAGGUUAAAUGGGUUGCCUGCUACAUACGUUGGUCAUCCAUUAUUGGACGAUGCUGCUGGCUUGAAUGUGGACCCAGAGUUACCUUCUGACAAGUCCGUGCAUCAACGAAGUGCUGAAGCUUUUCGGCUGGAGUAUGGACUGUCCCCAGAUGCCACAAUCUUAACCAUGCUGCCUGGAAGCAGGAUGCAGGAAGUAGCUCGCAUGCUUCCAAUCUUCUUGCGAACUGUGCAACAUCUAAGUCAUACAUUAAAUGAACUUUCACUAGUCAUCCCAGUUGCUCCGCAUCGGGACGUGAAGACUUAUGUUGAGAAUGUAGUUCGAUCAGUGCCAUUUCCAGUGGUACUGAUACCUGGGGGGUCCCUCGAGAAAAGAUAUGGUGCAUUCAAUGCUAGUAAAGCAGCACUAUGUACUUCGGGAACAGCCGUCAUGGAACUCAUGCUAGCAAAGCUACCCUGUGUAGUGGCCUACCAAGCUCAUUUCAUCACUGAGUGCUUCAUCCACCUGAGGAAAAAGAUUAACUUUAUUUCUUUGCCCAACAUUCUUUUGAACUCUCCGGUUGUACCUGAGAUCCUUUUUCGAGCUUGUACAGAUAAAAAACUAGCUGCAAAAUUAAGCGAGGUAAUAUUUGACGACGAGGUCCGUCAGCUGCAAGUUGGAUCAGCUGAACGAGUGCUCCAGGUUCUCUACAAACCAAUCGAGCAACGAGGCAAUUUAUUUGCGGAGGAGCUGGGCGACUCGAGCUUAUCACCAAAUGUUUACUCCCCCAGCAUGAUCGCGGCGUUAACGGUGCUUUAUAUAGACAAAAACCGGCGGAUGGUGCAGAAUUGAGCGGACUUAUCAGUGGUGGAUAAAUGUUUCGUCUGUGACUGGACUUGCUCAGUGUCAGAUAAAUAUGUUUCAUCUGGCAGGGUGGUCGCUGUCGCAUGCAUUCUCUUCUCCAUCUAUCGGCUCCAUUGAAAAUUAGUUUGUUGACGGAUUCUAUUGGCUCAAUGUAUGGUUGGUCCACAAUUGGAGGAGCAAAGCAGUUAAGCAAAUGUUUAGGUAAAUCUUCCCGUGCUGAGCUGCUGUAGGGGUCAGGUCAGCAUCGCACUAUCACUGUAGAAACUGGAAACAGAUGUCUCCUGGUGGGUCUUAAGUCAUUCAGUUUGAAUGUUUGGUGAAAGAGACUGCCAUGCCUAGAACGUCGGGGAACAAAGUAAACGUGAUACAGCUAUUAUGUAUUUAUUCAGCAUCUGCGACUCUAAAAGUCUAAAUCUGACCA